AUGUGGUUUAUCCUCCUCAAAAUCUUCAAAUUCGGCUUCUCGCAAGCCAAAAAACAACACGCCAAAAAGAACAACCCUAACGGCAACCCCGACGACACAACCAACCCAUCCUCGAUCCCCAUGGCCGCGCGCUCCUUCCUCCAACCUACGCCCCCGCCUCCCCCAAAACCCCUGAAAUACUACCUCGGCCUGGCCCUCCACGCAGUACAACUCAUCUUCGGCAUCGCCGUCCUGGCCCUCUACAGUUCUGAUAUUCACAAUGCGCACGAACGCGGAGACUCUGCGUCCCCGGAAUGGGUGUUUGCUGUCGUCACGGCGUUUCUGGGCUGUGUCACCGCGAUGACGCUGUUGGUUUAUGUGGCGUUUCUGAAGCAGAGGAGCGUUGGUGGCAAGGCGGGUAUUUUGCUGGGGCUGUUUGCGUGGCAGGCGCUCGGGGUGAUAUUGUGGUUGGUGGUGUUUGGGAUCUUUGCGGGAAAGUUCUUGGGGACGGAGAAGAAGAAGAUGAGGAGGGCGGUUUGGGUUGAUUUGGUUUGUUUGGUCCUUGCUGUUGGAGGCACCGCAUGGGCUUGGUUGAGAUGGUGGAGGAAUGGAAGGGGAAGGGCGGCGGAGGAGGAUGUGGUUGGGAAGGAUAGGGAGGUGGAGGAGAAGGAGGUUGUUUAG